CAGAAUGUGAUAAGGCAUCAGUGUAUAUAAUAGAUGGUUAUCGUCAUGAUUCAAUAACAAAUGUUAUAAAGAAGGAUGAUGCAAGUCAGGUGAAAUUUUGUGGCAGUCAACUUUAUUACACCGAGGAAGGUAUGAAGUCAUAUUUGUCCACCGGGAAUCGUCUCAUUGUUCGAUUUGUAACAAACGAUCACCCAAGUCCAUCAUUACUAGCAAAGUAUGAAAAAGAUAAUAAACCGAUUGGUUUCCGUUUAGUAUGGACUGAAGUUGAGAAUAUUUUACCGGAAGGAAAAGUUUGCCCGGGUUUUGCUUGCAAAGGUGGUGAAUUAUGCAUCGAUGAUGAACAAAAUGUUUGCGCAAGUCGAACUCAAUUAUGCAUUGAUAAAUCGCUUGUUUGCAAUGGUGUCCAUAAUUGUGCGGAAAAUGAUUAUACCGAUGAAGAAGAUUGCCAUUCUCAACAUAUUGUCAUAUCAACAUGCUCAAUAAUCUUCCUCCUAAUGCUAUUCAUCAUAUUGGCGAUUUUGUGGCAACGAAGAGCUAAGCGUCGUAUGAAAGAACGAAAACGUCAAAGUCUUCAAGCUACAACAAUAAGAUCAAUUUCGUUGGUUGAUAGUAACGGAAAAAAUGCGGUCAUUUGGGAACCAACAAGAUGCUCUUCGAUGAAUCUUGAUCACUCGCUGGAUACUCAUCAUCUUCAUCCUGGACAUUACCGAAGUCACUGCCAUCAUCAUUGUAUUGAUCAGCAAAACCAGCAGAAACAGCAACAAAAUUAUAUAGCUCUCACCGAAAUGAAUACUUUUCACUCGGCUUUAUUAUAA